ACUGGGUGCUUCAUCUGAACCAAAGCAAGAAUCGUAUCUCCGCUACUGAGACUUUGUCAAUGCUGCGGGAAAGGCUUAUUGGAAGCAGCCUCGCGCCCGGAGAGACAGAAGGAUUGUGAACGUCGACGAAGAAAGGUUGACCGACAUGGAAGAGGAAUCCGUUGUUGAUACGCAUUCACUUAGUGAGGGCGGCGAGAGUCUUAAAGAUUUCAUUGACGACAGGGAAGAGGUGCCUGAGACUGAAUAUGCUGAAGUCUGUUGGGGAAGGUGGUCGGUCUCCAUACGGCGAAGCCGUGUCAGAAGAGUAUGACUCGCAGUCAGAAAACGAGCCCGAGAGCCAACAGCAUUCGUCUUCUAACAGGAGGUAUAUCAAAAUACACCGUGGCGGGGAAAUCGAGACUCAAUAUUGCUGAGACUGUUGAACGUAGACGUUCAUCAUCUAGCCGCUUGCUCCCGCAGAGGCACAGCUCUCAAGCAAGGGAUGGGUUGUCGACCAGUCGGGCAACCUCGCGGGGGCACGCGUCCCGCCAGAGUGACACAGUGUCCCGAUACCAGACCAAGAGCAGACCGCGCCCUCCCCAUACACCUCCAAGAUCUCGCACAGAGUCUCCUCGAGCUAUGCAAGAACAGAAAAGGUCGAAGAAAAGUCGUUCUCGAACGCCUGUUCCCCCUCUAUCACCCAUUUCCGAGGUUGAUGGCGGUCGCAGGGGAGGUGAAUCACGAAAACAUCGAGGCCACAGCGAACGGAGCUCUCGUGGGGAUUCUGCUUGCAAGGAAAGUAGCUACAGAGGACACCAGCGAAAGGCAGCUUCCAUGCCCAGGGAGCGGGAGCGCGACUCUAGCAAGUCUGCUUCCCAAAGGCAGUCAGGCAAAUUCCGUAGGAGCAGGUGAUGUAUAUCCGGUCAACAGCAACGUGUGCUUUAGUCUUUUAGUCCUCUAGUCCUUUAGUCAUUCAGUUUUGAGGAAUAGGCAUAUCUUGGAUAAUCAAACUUUUAUUUCGCCUCUGCAA